ACCAGAUUUCGUCCAUCGUCCUUCAGAGCUCAGGACACUCGAGCGACGAAAAACUCCACCAUGGGGUUGUUCUUCGGAAAUCUCUUCAAGGGUAUCCGUGGGGUCGUGUACUACAGGGUGAGCCACUAUGAGCAGAACCCCUUCAAAGGGAUCAUUUCCCAAGGAGUCCCGAAUAUGGUCAGGAGGAUUAAUGAUCAAAUCUUUUACAUCCUUCCACCCGCCUUGUUCUACUACGCUCUGUACGACUGGGCGGUGAAAGAGAACAAGCGACUCUCACGGAAGAACCCAGCGGAUUACGAAAAUGAUGUUUAGGUUGGACGCAUGGAGCUCUAUUACCAAUAAAUAUUAGUACGAUCAGAAAG